AUGGCGGUUAAGGGUUUUGAUAAGUUAAAGUUUUGUGGUGGUGGUGGUGGUGGUGGUGGUGGUGGUGGUGAUGGGAGCUUAACAUUUAAACGGCAUAACUCGUGCGAGAGAAAUGAUACAUGGAAUUCAGGAGUGAGGAGGCAAGUUUCUUAUGAUGAUUCUGAUGAUGAUGAUGAUGUAUCUUUGGCGGUAAGGUUAUCCCGGAUGCCGAAUUCGGGAACACGGAGUGGUGUCUGUGAUGUUCCUGUUCAGAAGAGGGGUGAUACUACUACAAUGCCGAUUAAGAGGCCAUUUGGUAAUAGCAAUGCCUUGCAGAAUUCUGUUAAGAAAUUGAAGGUGACAACGGAUGAUAAUCCUUUGACGGUGAGAAUCAAAGUUCCGGGAAAAGUUGCUGAUGAAUCGGUUUCGUUGAUGAAGAAAGAUCUUGCAUUGGUAGAAAAACCGUUUGAGGGAUGCAAAAGUAAGAGGCAAGUGGAAGAGAAGAGAUUGCUGUCCAUAAAGAGAGAUAUUGAGGAGUGUUCGAAAGAGCUUGUGAAUUUGAAAAAGAAAAAUAGUUGUGUUGAAAGAAUUAGCGGAUCUCAUAAGAAAAUGUUGGGGAAAAUUGAUGAAUGUGUAAAGGAUUCUGUAGCAAAAGAAGCGCAACUCUGUUUGAUGGACGACUUGAUUGGAGAGCGCAAGCGAGAGCUCAAGAGAAAAGAAAUAGAGCUUCAUCAAGUCAUGGAUAACAUUGUUAAGCACCGUGAAGGGAAGGAAGAAGAACUCAAGGCUCUUUCCGAAAAAAUUGCUCAAUGUACUGUGGAACUUAAGGCCAGAGUGAAAGAGCGUGUUGCGAUGAAAAAACAAAUUGACGAACAAGCAGAGAUUUUAAAGUCAGAAAAUAAGAAGUUACUAAAGGUAAUGAUGCAACUAAGACAAAUGAAUGAAUUUGAAUUAACCAAGAAGCAAUUUGAAGAGCAGGUUAAGGAGCUUGAGUUAAAGGAGAAAAGAUGCAGAGAGAGGGUGAUGGAGCUUGAGUCAAAGGAGAAGCUCUUUGAAGGUCGUGUAAAAGAACUCGAGUUUAAAGAGAAGCAACUUGAAGGCCAAGCGGAAGAGUUUGAAUUGAAGGUGGAGAGAUUUCAUAACCAAAUAAAGGAGCUUGAAUCGGAAAAGAAGGAUUUUGAUCGCUGGGUAAAGGAGCUGGAAUCAAAAGAGAGGCAAUUUGAAGGACAAGUGAAGCGGCUAGAGUUAAAAGAGGAGCAGCUUGAAGGCCGUGUGAAAGAGUUGGAUUCAAAAGAGGAGGAUUUUAAAGGCCAAGUUAAGGACCUUGAGUCAAAAGAAAACAAACUUGAAGCCCGGGUGAAUGAGUUCAAAUCAGAAAAAGAGCAAUUCCAAGGGCGGUUGAAGGAGCUUCGGCUUAAAGAAAAGUUGCUUGAAGACAAAGUGAAGAAAUUUAAAGGCCGAGUAGAGGAAAUUGAAUCAAAAGAGGAUGAAUUCAAAGCUCGAAUGCAUGAGCUCAAACGUUUUAUAAGCCGAAUGGAGGAUUUCAACUCAGAAGAGGAACAAUUUGAAGGACGAGGGAAAGAGCUUGUGUCAAUAGAUAAAAUUUUCAAAGUACAUGCGAAUGAAUUCGAGCAAAAAGAGAAGCAGCUUGACAGACCCAUGAAGGAUCUUGAGUUGAAGCCAAAUGAAUUUGAUGGACAACAUAAGCAGCCCGAGUUACGAGAGAAACAAUGUGUUGCAGUAAUACAACCAUUCGAAGAAGAAACAGAAUUGGGUAAUCAAUUAAGUCCCACCAUUGACGACAGAUGUUUGAUGUUGGUACCAUGUGAGCGAACUGAUGAAUUUGAGUCAUUUGACUAUGGCCUUAAUCUGCAAAGUUUAUCUGAUCGAUCAAAAAAUGUGUUGGAAAUAAUACAGAACCCCAUUUUCCCAAAGUGUAAAAUGGGAAACAGUGAUGUAAUUAUUGAUGAUAGAGACAUUCUCCUGCUCGAAGAACUGAUGAGAAUCUCACCAGAUGUUAAACCUCAUACAAGAGAAAAAGCAAUGGAGCUAGCACUUGAAUUGAAAGCUAACAUGGAAGAAAGUACAGAAAAUUCUAAAGUGGUUUUGGGUUUUCUACUCCUUUUGUCAAUUUAUGGGCUGGUUCCUUCUUUCGACGAAGAUGAAGUUUUAAAGCUUUUUGAACUUGUUUCUCAGCAAAAAAUAGCUGUAGUUCUGUUUGGGGCCUUGGGUUUCGCAGAUAAAAUAUCUGAUUUUGUUGAGAAUCUUAUCGCAAGACAACAAUAUGUAGAAGCUGUUAGAUUCAGUUGUGCGUAUAACUUGGGUGACAAUAAUCAACUAGUUGCUCUCUUGCGAGAACAUGUGCAUAAUGCAAAACUAAUUUCUGAGAGCAGUUGCAACAAAGUCAACUCCAUCGAAAUUAAGGAUAAAGCCAGAGACCAAGAAAUUGCAAGUCUCAGAGCUGUUUUACAGUGUAUUGAAGACAACAACCUAGAAUCCGAGGACACACAUAACACGAUUCACGACCGUAUUCUUGAGCUAAAGAGACAGACGGGUAAAUAG